UGCCUCCGAUCAGCAAGGCUUGCGUCCCGAAAUUGCGAUGAACUGGAUUCCGCUAUUGUUUCUGCUCUGUGGGUAUUGUCAAGGUUCAUCCGAUACUUCAAUAGAACAAAAUAGAUCAAGACGCACGGUGUAUCCGUUAUGGAAGCCCGCUGCAAGAAAGGCUUACGACUUAUGUGGGCCUGACCUGAAAGACAACGCACCAUGCAAGCUGCCACCUUGGUGCGCUGGAGGGGCUGGCAGGUGCUGUCGUCGCGAGUGCGUAUGUCCAACGAGGCUUAACCCCUGCGCCUCGCCAGAGGAGAGAACCACUACGGCGUCCCCGACGACAACUGAAGGAGCAGGUCAUUGCAUGCUGAAAUGCAUGGAGCAGUGCUACAAAAUGUGCCUCGAUGGAACAAAAACACCCGGCGAAUGCGCGAAUGAAAAAUGCCUCAGUGGCAACCCUGCUGUCGACCCACCACUUCUGGAUGACCAGGACGAUGACUGCUUCAUGAGCGCCAUAAACGCCGACGAAUUUGCUGAACGACAGCGAGACGACCCGGAAUUUUGUGGCCUUGUGCAAUACUUCGAGGGCAAGACUGGCUCUGUUCGGAAGGUGUUCAAGCGAAAACUGGCUUCGUUUUUCCUGCAGAACGACUUCGUAAAGAACAUCUCGCCACUUCAAGCCGACUAA